AAUAAAAACAAACCGUAGUUACUGGCUUCCAAAUUGAAUUUCUCUUUUCAAACUCGUACUCUGAAAUAUUAAAUCUAAAUGGAAGUAAUGAAUUUAGAUACAGCGUGGUGUGUUAUUACUAAAGUUUUAAAGCGAAACGAAGCAGAAGUAGCACCAACCCGAGAUGAGUUCACUUCAGCUGUAUCUGUUCUACACCAAAAUGGCAUGGCUCACAUUAUUAAAGAAUGGUUUCUGACAACCUUUCAAGAUAAUAUGCAUGAUUUCAUAAUACCUGAAUUCUGGAAAUGCUUUGCAACAUGUGAAGAAGGAGUAUUCUGGAAGUUUCCUGUUGCUCUAAAUUUUCUUUAUAGUCAAUUUCAAAACUAUUUUCCAGUAAUAGAAGAACUUCAAAAUUUACAGAGCAGACUUGUGGAACAGAUACAUACCUUGCCUCUAGAUGGACAAAAAAGUUUGAUAAACAACAAUAUGUCACUGAUAGAUGAGUUCUUUUCUAUAGCUAGAUGUUUAUUAUUUGCAAAAUGGCCUGUAGAUUUCAGAGCAGUGCUUGUUGAAUUUUUUUCUUUAUCUUUUAAAUCAUACCAAUCAAAAUCACUGAUCUCAAAAGAUGGUGAAUCUGUGGUUGAAUGUUAUUUUUGUGAGAACAGCUGUGAUUCUUGUUGUUGUGAAAAACGUCUUGAAGUUUUUUAUCAGACUACUAAGCAGCUAUAUGAGUUAAAAUUUUUCCAAACAGUUGUAGGAGAUGUUCCUAUUAAUGUUGCACAAGAUGUGGUAGAAACAUAUGUACAUGAUUAUUGUAAAGGAAAUUUUGAAGUUCCUUUGCUAGGCAAUUUACGUUCAUGGCUUGAAGAGACUGUAAUAGCUUGGCUAUCUUCAUUUUAUUAUAACAGUUCAGAUACAGAGAAAGAAGGAUCAGAUUGUAAGGCUAGAUUGCUAAAUAUCCUUUAUGAAGCAUUUGCUGAAGUACGAAUGGAACAGCUUUUUGAUAUCAUUAUUGAAUUCCCAGAAUCUCAGGCUGCUUUAGAAGACUUGAAAGAAGUGCUGGAAAUCACUAAUCUAAGAUCAAAACUCAUUUCUUCACUCAAAGCUUCACUUGAAAAUCGUCUUUUACAUCCAGGUGUUAACACUUCUGAUAUUUUAACUGCCUACAUUUCUGCCAUCAAAGCAUUAAGAGUUCUAGAUAGCACAGGAGUUGUUUUGCAAGUUGUCAGUGAACCUGUUUGUAGAUAUUUAAGAUCAAGAGAAGACACUGUGCGUUGUAUUAUAUUUAGUCUGAGAGAAGAUAGUUGUGGUGAAUUAGCCUGUGAAUUACUCAAAGGUGUAAGUGUCAAAUUAGAAGAUACAUAUCAAAAUGAAGAAGAAACAGAUAAUUGGGAAAAAUGGUCACCUGAUCCUGUUGAUGCUGAUCCAGCCAAAACAACAGAAAGUCAAAGGUCAUCUGACAUAAUUGGAAUUUUGGUGAAUAUUUAUGGAAGCAAAGAACUUUUUGUGAAUGAAUAUCGCAGUCUGUUAGCUGAUAGGAUUCUCACUACAUUUUCUUAUAAUACGGAUAAAGAACUUCGAUAUUUGGAAAUGUUGAAAUUGAGAUUUGGUGAAUCACAACUUCAUUGCUGUGAAGUAAUGUUAAAGGAUAUUGCUGAUUCUAAACGUUUAAAUGCCCAUCUUAAUUCUGGAGAAGUUAAGAGUUAUGAACAAGGGGAUUUCCCAAUCAACACGAUGAUUCUUUCUGCUCAGUUUUGGCCCUCCUUCAAGGAAGAAAAGUUGAAAUUACCUGAAUAUAUCUGGGAAAACUUAAAAAGAUAUACAACUGCUUUUGAAACUUUAAAAGGAAAUCGUUCAUUAACUUGGAAAUCUCAUUUAGGUUCAGUAGAUUUAGAAAUUGAAUUUAAAGAAAGGACACUCAAUGUGUCUGUUAGUCCAGUUCAUGCAACAAUUCUAUGGCAUUUUCAAGAAAAACCUAAAUGGAGUAUAACUGAAUUAAGUUCUGAAAUGCAGAUGCAACCAUCUGUACUGAGACGGAAAAUAACUCUCUGGCAGAAUCAUGGUGUACUUUAUGAAAUAGAAACGGAUGUAUUUGUUUUAAUUGAAGAACAACAAACACCAAAUCGGGAAGCUGUAGUAAUGCUUGAGGAGGAAGUGGAAUCUGUUACUGCGUCAUCCCAAGACAUGAAGGAAGAAGAAUUACAGACUUUCUGGUCAUUUAUUGUUGGCAUGCUGACAAACAUGGAAUCCUUACCUCUGGAGCGAAUUCACAGCAUGCUUCGAAUGUUUGCAGUACAAGGAACAAGUACAAAUGAAUGCUCUAUACAAGACAUGAAACAGUUCCUCGAAAAGAAGGUUAGAGACAGACAACUAGUAUACACAGCAGGAAUGUUUAAGCUACCGAAGUUUGAUUCUUAAGAACAUAUUAUGUAAAUAUUAUCUUGUAAAUUAGAAAUGUUUUUUUUUAAAUGAAUACAUCUUGUCUUUGUCCUUUUUUUACUAAUAAAUGUAAUUAAAAAGUC